AUGCAGAGCCAGUUGGUGUGCAACGGAUGUAGGAGCAUUCUUCUUUAUCCAAGAGGAGCUUCAAAUGUUUGUUGUGCCUUAUGUAAUACAAUUACGUCAGUCCCUCCUUCGGGGAUGGAAAUGGCUCAACUUAUAUGUGGAGGUUGCAGGACUUUGCUAAUGUAUACACGUGGUGCAACCAGUGUCAGAUGCUCUUGCUGUCAUACUGUGAACCUGGCACCAGUGUCUAGUCAGGUUGCUCACGUAAACUGUGGCAACUGCCGGACGACGCUUAUGUAUCCAUAUGGAGCUCCAUCUGUGAAGUGUGCAGUCUGCCAUUAUGUCACAAAUGUCAGUGUGGCAAAUGUGAGGGUUCAACUGCCAGUGAACAGACCAAAUGGUACAGGCGCUACGCUGCCAUUGCCAUCCACUUCCUCAGCAAUGCCGCAAUCACAGACUCAGACAGUAGUUGUCGAAAAUCCAAUGUCUGUCGAUGAAAGUGGGAAAUUGGUGAGCAAUGUGGUUGUUGGAGUCACAACAGAUAAAAAAUAA